AUGUGCUCGCGGCCUGCGCCUCGAGAGCCCCUGCGCCGUGUGGCAGUGAUCGGGGGCACCCACGGCAAUGAGAUGUCCGGCGUCCACCUGGCGCGGCACUGGCUGCGGGCCCUGGGGGAGCUGCAGAGACCCAGCUUCUCCGCGGUGCCCGUGCUGGCCAACCCAGCGGCCACCGCCGCCUGCCGCCGCUACGUGGACUGUGACCUCAACCGAGCCUUCACCGGCGCCUUCCUCACGGCCAGGGCCCACCCAGAUGACCCAUAUGAGGUGACAAGGGCCCGAGAGCUGAACCAACUGCUGGGACCCAAGGCCUCGGGCCAGGCCUUUGACUUCGUCCUGGACCUGCACAACACCACGGCCAGCAUGGGCACCUGCCUCAUCGCCCGAUCCUCCCACAACGUCUUUGCGAUGCACCUGUGCCGCCACCUACAGCUGCAGAGCCCGGAGCUGCCCUGCCGGGUCUUCCUGUACCAGUUGCCCGGAGAAGAGACUUACAGCGUCAACUCCGUGGCCAAGAGCGGACUGGGCCUGGAGCUGGGCCCCCAGCCUCAGGGAGUGCUGCGGGCUGACCUUCUCGUCAGGAUGAGGGCCUUGGUGGCCGCAGCCCUGGACUUCAUCCAGCUCUUCAACCAGGGCACCGAAUUUCCUGCCUUUGAGUUGGAAGCGUAUAGAAACGUGAGCAGCGUGGACUUCCCACGCACGGAGACCGGGGACCUGGCAGGCACCGUGCAUCCUCAGCUGCAGCUCCUGGCACCCACCGUCCUACUUUCUGUUUACGGAUUUGACAGCUCUAGGGACUUCCUGUAA